GUCAUGGAACAGGAACACGCACGCAGCUGCAAAAAUGGCACGACUCUUCCACAUAUCAUUCAAGUGCUGUGAUUACCCGUCUAGAAUAAUUUCGCCUAAGAAGAUGAAGCAGUGCAUUAUUUUAACGGCGUCCUGGUUGUUUCUGUUUGCAUUUCUGAUGUACGUGACGGGACCGUUUGUUCGAGUGCCAAUCGCGCAGAACGAAAAACUGGAGCAAAAUCUACGUGUCCUGUCCCGUCGGCUGUCGCUCGCCUUUCGAGAGCUCGACCGACUCAAAAAGCAGAACGAGGGACUCAAAAUGGUGAUCAAACUGGGCCUGGCGAAGAACAACGAGACCAUCAAGUCGCUACUUCAGAAAGAGGAGAUCGCCUUGAGCAACGCAAAUAAUGCACUCAAAAAUUGCAAAUCAAUUUCACCGCCAGUUGAAUAUGAGCAAACGAGAAGAAUGACGGACUACGCAGUGCAAAAUAUGUGGCUCUAUUUGCAGCACAAAUUUUCAAAACUGCAGUCCUUGGUUGCACAGGAUUCAGAUUCCACGACUAAGAAUGAGCUGACAAGUCUCGUUAUCAACACGGCAGGCAGAAUUCAGUUUAUUUUAUCAAAAUUACUGAUGCUCCCGAAAGUCGACGGACACGCCAAGUGGCGCCAGUGGGAAGCGGAUUAUUUGAAAAAAAUUGUCCAAAAUCGAAUCAUGCUUGUGCAGAAUCCACCAGCGUGCAGCGCAGCGAAAGUUCUCCAGUGCGAAUUAAAUGCAAGUUGCGUCAGUUUUGACUGUAAACUUGAGCGCACGUCAGCGUGCCUUUCAGAGGCCUAUCGUCUUCAUCGGACUCUGGUGUUGAACGAUCACGCUUGGAAUUCAAAUUUUCAGCCUCUCAGCAUUAUGUGCAGCGACAUUGGAACGAACGAAGACUACCCUAGCGCGCCGUGGCCUGGAACGUCGAAUGAUUUGAGAAUCAUUCUGGGCCCAGAAGUUAAAGUUCAGAGUUACGCGGAGGUGCCUUUUGACCUUUCGACCCGUUUAAACCGCCUGAGUGGUGACCCCUUGCUUUGGUGGCGAGGGCAGUUGUUUGCAUUCCUGCUAAGCCCACUGCCUAACCUAAGUCGCUUGAUCCAACGCGUGAAGGAUAAAAUUAAAUUUGUCCGCAGUCCAAUAAUUGGAAUUUGCGUGGACAAGGAAGAGUAUCUAGAUGAAGUGAUCAGUGCCGUUGACCACUUCUAUCAACAGUUUGAAAUGACCUCCAUAUCAAUGAGGAGACGCAUUUUUGUCUCUAGCAGGAGUCCAGACAUUCCACUCAUCAUUAAGAAAACAUACCAACAUAUUGAUGUUUUGCACAUAUCUGAGGAAAUUUUGAUCGAAGUGGGAGCUCAAGAAUUUUCCGAGGAUGAGUCUGAAUUUCCAAGAGAUGUCUUAGACACCCAUUUCUUAAGCAAAACUGACUUCUUGGUCUCUGCUGACUCUCGAAAAUUGUGCCAAAUCGCAUUUUCUCUUCAAAUGAGCAGAACGGACGCUCACAACAAACUGAUCUCGAUCGGCAGCAGUGCUGCUUUUGAUCACAAAAAACAGUUUGACCAUUUGGCCAUAGUCAAGCACGUUGCUCAAUCUGACGAGGAAAUUGAUUUGGGCCUUGGUGACAUUGUUAUAGGCGUGGAGAACUUGGCCAAUGGAUACUCAAAAGGGAAGAAUAAAAUAACAAAGAGAAAAGGAAUCUUCCCUUCAUAUAAAGUCACCUGCUUGACCAGAUAUAAACACUUUUCCGACUUCCUGGACGAAAUUUCUGCAAAAGGCAGAUUCCAGGACACAAAGCCAAAGUCAACUACUAAAGAAGAGGAAGUUUACGAGUAUGAAGACUAGCAUAGUCAUGCAUUGAAUGAAGUUUUAUUUUAAGUGAAGUUUGAGUGUUCCUAAAAAUAAAAUUGUUUAUUUGCCUAA